AUGGACGAGCACUUUAUCACGGUCGAGACGCCCAAGGCCGGCGCCAAGAUGCUUGUGGAUGUGCCCAAGAUCACACUCGAGUGGAAUCACGUGAGCCGCGUCGUCAAGAUCAAGAACACGGCCACCAAGCAGACCGAAGACAAGGUCAUCCUCGAUAACGUCAGUGGCUCGGCGGCGCCCGGCGAGCUCCUCGUGCUCAUGGGCCCAUCCGGCGCCGGCAAGUCGUCGCUCCUCGACGUCAUCUCGGGCCGGCAGAAGGACUACACGGGAUCUGUUCUCGUGAAUGGUGAAAAGUGGACCAAAAAGAUGAACAAGCUUGCGUCCUAUGUGCUUCAAGACGACAUCUUCUACGAGACGCUGACCGUCAAGGAACACCUCCUCUUCCAAGCCGAGCUUCGCAUGGGCAAGACCUUUGACGCCGCCCAGCGCGAAGCCCGCGUCAACUACUUCUUUGGCGCCGCGACGCCCGAGUUUGCGUCCGUGCCGAUCGAGCUGCCGCUCAUGGCCCGCGAGUACUACGGCGGCCUCUACCGGUCGUACGUCUGGUAUUUGGCCAAGAACGUGAGCGAGCUCUUCUUCCAGAUCUUCUUCCCGCUCGUCUUCCUCGUGCCCGCGUACUUCAUGAUUGGCUUUGGCGCUUCGAACGCGACGCUCUUCUUCUCGCUCUACAUGUACAUCGCGCUUCUCUCAAGCUCUGCGACCGGCCUCGGCUACAUGGUUUCGUGUCUCGCCAAGACGCCUGACAUUGCACCGAUCAUUGGCAUCCUCAUCAUCCUUCCGUUCCUCAUCUUUGGCGGCCUCUUCAUCAACACCAACAAUGUGCCUGUCUACUUUAGCUGGCUCGAGUUUAUCUCGCCGAUGAAGUACGCCUUCCGUGGCAUGAGUCGCGCCUUCUGGACCACGGUCGACACGAUCCCUUGCGACAGCACGCCAUGCGCGGCGACGACGGGCGCCCAGGUGCUCGUGAACCUCGCACUCAACAAGGAAGACAUGGCCUACGACGUCGGCUUUCUUCUCUGGAUUAACGGCAUGUUCCGGGUCUUUGGCAUGAUUGCGCUCGCACUGCGACUCCGCGGCAAAAAGUAA